AUGUCCAAAGACAGAUUUCAGUUGAUAUUAUCUAAUCUACAUCUUGUAGAUAAUGAUGAGGAUCAGGGUACAGACAGAUUGUACAAAGUCAGGCCUUUCAUCAGCAUGGUGAAAUCUUCAUUUCAGGUAUAUGAACCUGAGGAAGAGCUUAGUUUUGAUGAAGGCACCUGUCCCUUCAAAGGGAGAGUUAGGGUUCGUGUGUAUAAUCCUAUGAAACCUAACAAAUUUGGUAUCAAGGUAUACCAAAUCAGUGAAGCCAGGAGUGGCUACUGUGUUGGGUUUGAUGUCUAUGAUGGGUCUGAGGGAUGUACCUCGUAUGUUGAGGCUUUAGACCUGGACCCUGAGGAGCUAUCAACUACAACUAAGGUGGUAGUAGGUCUUCUUUCUAGUUGUGGACUUUUACAAAAAGGCCACAAAGUUUAUAUGGACAAUUAUAAUAAUAGUCCUGAACUGUUCGAAGAAUUAGAACUGUUGCAGACUUACGCUGCAGGAACAGUUCGGAUCAACCGAAAAGGUAUGCCCCGAGUGUUUGGUGUUGUGAAAAACCUAAAACCUGGUGAAGUAAUUUUCAGACGUCGGGGUAACCUUUUGGCUGUGAAAUAUCAUGACAAAAGGGAUGUUCAUGUUAUUUCUACAUUUCACAGAGCCACAAUGUAUGUGCAAGAACACCUGAACAGAAACAGGGAUGUCGUUAGGAAACCCACCGUGAUUUCUGACUAUUGUAAAUUAUUGGUGGUGUUGAUCUUACAGAUCAAAUUGCACAAUAUUAUGAGGUUCUAA